CAAAUCCUCAUCUCUCUCUCCUUUCUACUGAUAAAUCUUCGUUAAAUUAUCAAAUUCCAUUGAUCGAUUCUCGUUUCCACAUGCAUCAAAUGGUCUGACUGAAAAUUGGAGCUUCAAUCGGUGCACCCUCAAUUCCUAGAAAGGACAUACAUUAUGGGCUUUGAUGCAAAUCUGGCACCAAAGUUAUUCUACUUGUACCUAUUGUUGUAAAGUUUGCUGAUUUCCCAAAAGCUAGCAAUCCAAUAGCGGUUUCAUGAGUUGAAAUGUAACAUGGUGGAUAUUCAAGGUUAAAAUCUAGCUAUCAUUUUUACUUGAACAUUCAAGUAUGAGUUUUUCGUUAUUACUGCUGUUACAAAGCAUUUUUUUUUCAAACCGCCAAAUUGAUAUUUUCGAUUUUUGCUGCAACAUUGUGUUUUAUGUGUGGCACAUUCUUCAAAUCUGGUUCCAUAUGAAGUAUUUUGACUGUUUUCAAGUAGUACUUCUUGGCAGGCCAGUUUCUCUGUCUUUUUGUCAACAGCUUUACCAAUCUCUUAGGUGAAGUGGACCAUCAAUGGAGUUCUUUUUUCUUGUUGUGUAAUAACACUAGUAUUAUCUGAGAAAUGGGUUCAAGAGAUGCCUUGUGAUAGUUGGAAGAAGGUGCAUGUUAAGAGGAUGGGCCUAUUUAAUCUGAAGGAAGAGCACUGCUAAAGUGCUAAUGCUUAUGAUUUAGAUCUUCUAGACAACAUGGACAUCAGUCCUAUAUUUAUUGUCAAAGAUCUUACUACUUUUGUUUAGCUGAUUGACAUUACUGCCACACAAUUAUCCGUCACAGUCACUUGACCCUUUCUCUAUCAUUCCUUACAUGUUUUUUCAUUCUCUUCCUUCUGGUUCUACUCUACGAUAAGGUAUUGAGGUCAGGUAAUUGAGGAUGUUGUCUCCAAAGAAGAGGGAGCAACUCGUGGUGGUGGCUGUCCACCGUUUUUGGUCAAGUGGCGUGAAUGACUUGUCAUCAAUUCCUCUUGUAUUGCUUUAGAUUUUGAGAGACUGGAUGCUGACCUUCUAAAGCAUUAUGAUUUGCAAUUCUUUUUUACUUGUGGGGAGAUAUGAUAGGAAUCAAAAGCACCGUUAGUUUAUUUGAUUUGAUUAUGCUUCCUUACAUGAUUUAUUCUAUAAUGGUAAAUGGUCUUAUAAAAAACUAUUUGGUGGUUCUACGUAGGAUUGGACUAAUUUAUAGUUCAGUUUUUAGAUUGUUUUCAGUUAAAUUUUAUUCUUCGAUGAGAUGCCAAAAAUCUUAGGUGUGCAGUCUAUAAGAUAUUCCAGGGGUUGUGUAGUGAUAACCCCAAUUCAUUUUCAUUCAUCAUUUUCUUUUCUUAAAUUUGUCCUGCACUAACAUGUUAUGAAUAUCCGUUUUCUUGUGACAAGAUAAAACUUGACUGCUAACUUGGGAAGUUAGCAGUAUAUGUUAUGUAUUAGCGAGGAUGACACUACAAAAGGAGUCUUCUAAGUGGCAUAGGGAGAUCUCAUGGGCCCAACAAGAAAGUCUAGAAGUGUGAACAAGAGAUUCUCGUACAGUGAUGAGAUAUCUCCAACUAAAGAUGGAGAUACUACCAACAAGAAAAACCAGCGAAAAAAGAAGUUGUCAGACAUGUUGGGGUCACACUGGAGCAAGGACGAGCUGGAGCAUUUUUAUGAAGCAUACCGUAAGCAUGGGAGAGAUUGGAGAAAGGUGGCUGCAGUCCUCCGAAACCGCACUGCAGAAAUGGUGGAGGCUGUUUAUUCUCUGAACAAGGCCUACUUAUCUCUUCCAGAGGGGACAGCCUCUGUUGUGGGUUUUAUUGCAAUGAUGACUGAUUAUUAUAGCAACAUGGAAGAAGGGGAUAGUGAACAUGAAAGAAAUGAUGGUGUGGAAACGUCGAGGAAGCCUCAAAAGCGCCUGCAACGCAAAGUUCACGAAACAACAUCUAAAGGCUCUGUUGAGCGUUUUCGUUCGCAUCCAGAUGCAGUUCCAUCAGAUUAUGGUUGCCUGUCAUUACUGAAGAAGAAGCGCUCUGGUGGAAGCCGACCUCGUGCUGUUGGAAAAAGGACACCUCGUUUCCCUGUCUCACAUGCUUACGAGAAUAUCAAGGGAGAGAAGUAUUUUCUGCAGACAAGGAAAGGCCUAAAACUGAGGGCAGAUAAUGAUGAUGAUGUUGCUCAUAGUAUAGCAUUGGCAUUGACAGAGGCUUCAAAGAGAGGUGGUUCGCCCCAGGUUUCUCAGACACCAAAUAGAAGGUCCGACAGUCUGAUGUCAUCACCUUGUCGGAGUGCUGAAAGAAUGUAUGAUGAGUCAGAUGUGGCUAGCGGUUGGUUUGUUGAUAAUGACACGUAUGAUGAUGAUAUAGAAGGUAGCAUGGAAGCUGAUAAUACAGAUUUCUCUAGGGAUAAGAGUAAGGAAAGAACAAAUGCUGGUUAUAUGUUACAUGAUCGGAAAGGAUCACAAGUGAAGAAAGUACGAGUUGAUAGAAAAGAAAACAAACAUUUAGAAUAUAUACGAGAAGCCUGUAGUGGCACAGAAGGGCAGAAUUUAGGUACUUUACGAAGAAAUUUUGAUGUUGAAGUUGCUGAUGCAAAACCUUCAAGGCCUUCUUCUCAGGGUUCCAAGAGAAGAAGUAAAGAAGCUCAUACUGGGAGAGAUGAAACUUCUGCCUUCGAUGCGCUCGAAACUUUGGCAAAUUUGUCUUUGAUGAUUUUACCCGAGGCAAAUGAAGCUGCCAAAGAAGGAAAAGUUGAACACGUUGAUGACUCUCAUUUACUGCUACCUAUGCCUGCAAGCCGCCAUAAAGAGAAGCGCAAGUCUUUAGCUCUUAGCAGUAAUGGGUAUCAGUCGAUUUCUAGACUAGAAUCUGCUGAUAACAAACCUCAGACAUCCGCUAAAGACUUGGUUGAUGACACCAAUGUCGCUUCAGAAGCAAAGGAGUCCCAUCAGUUAAUUACUAAGGUGUCUAGAAAGAGACAGAAGAUUGUGGCUCCUAAAAUUUCAAAAGCUGAAGCCCCUAUUGAUAGUACUCCCAUAGAAUCUUUGGAGGCGGAGGCUACCCAUGCAGCGCAAAUGCCUCUGAAUAAACAUAUUUCUCAAAGUUCUUCUCCCCAGUUGGUCAAACAUUCUCAGCAUGUCUGUUCUACUAAUCACUCAAAAAGGGAUGUACGCAAUUCUGCUCUGUCAGAUGUGCAUGUUUCUGAAAUGAACCCAUCUAACAUACGUACCAAAGUCAGGAGCAAGCGUAAGAUGAACAAACCAGAGGCUCUUGAAGCUGCUAAGUUUUCUGAUGUAGUUGGAACAGACAAGUCGAGUGUACACUUGCCUUCUCUCAGUCACAGAACAGACAAGCUUAAGGGAAAACUAUCUAAUUCCCUAUCAAAUCAACUCAUGCGGAGAUGGUGUGCAUUUGAAUGGUUCUACAGUGCAAUAGAUGACCCUUGGUUUGCCAAAAGGGAGUUUGUUGAGUACUUGUAUCAUGUUGGUUUAGGUCAUGUUCCAAGAUUAACCCGUGUUGAAUGGGGUGUCAUUAGAAGUUCUCUUGGUAAACCACGAAGGUUUUCACGUCAAUUUUUAAAGGAAGAAAAGGACAAGCUUAAUCAAUAUCGGGAUUCUGUCAGGACACAUUAUACUGAACUUCGUUCUGGUAGCAGGGAUGGAUUACCAACAGAUCUUGCAAGGCCAUUAUCAGUUGGGCAAUGUGUCAUAGCCAUCUAUCCGAGAACAAGAGAGAUUCAUGAUGGAACUGUACUGACGGUAGAUAAUAACAGGUGCUGUGUUCAAUUUGAUCGACCUGAGCUAGGCGUUGAAAAAAUCAUGGAUACUGAUUGCAUGCCCUUAAAUCCUUUCGAGAAUAUGCCUGCAUCGCUGAUGCGGCGAACACCUGUUGACAAAUUCUUUGAAAGCUUAAAGGAGGCCCAAAUGAAUGGGCUGGGAAGAGAUCAGAGACUGGAAGGUUACACAAAGUGCUCUUCUCAUGAAAAGCUAGAGAACAUGGACGAGGUUGCUUCAGUUAAAUCUGAUUUACAAUCAAGAUAUGGACCAAGAGACUUCGCCUCAAACCAUCAUGCAGCAUACACCAUGCCUGGUACACUGGCACAGAUUCAGGCAAAGGAACUUGAUGUUGAAGCAAUUGCUGAGCUGACCCGUGCUCUUGACAAAAAGGAGGCUGUAGUUUUCGAGUUGAGGCGAAUGAACGAUGAUGUGUUGGAAAACCAAACAGAUGGUGACUUUUCUCUUCAGGAUUCAGAUGCUUUCAAAAAACAAUAUGCAGCUGUUCUUGUGCAAUUAAAUGAAGCCAAUGCUCAGGCAAGAGUUUCUUCUGCUUUAUAUCGAUUGAGGCAACGCAACACAUAUCAGCGCAACCUUCACCUUGCCAGCUGGCCAAGGGCAGUGGGUGAUUUAAGUGACCAUGGUGCCAUCUCAAGCUCCUCUGAUCACACUACAAAUCGCACGGAAGAGUCGGAAUGUCAUGUCAAUGAGAUCGUUGAGAUGUCAAGAACCAGGGCUCGUACAAUGGUAGACAUUGCUAUACAGGCAAUGUCAUCGUUGAAGCUCAAUCCUACGGUUGAGAUUGACAAGGCUGUUGAUUACGUAAGCGAUCGAAUUCCAUCGGAUGAAUCCGGCAUUCCACCUGCCAGACCAAUUGCAUCUGAUCCAGUUCCUCCUAGUUUGUCAUUGCAUGAACAACUGGUUUCCACCGUAAAGGCAUCUGAUUCUACGCCAAUGAAUCCAUCAGAUUCAAAUAAAGCAUCAAUCCCCUCUGAACUGAUAACUCACUGUGUGGCUACUCUGUUCGUCAUUCAGAAAUGUACAGAAAGACAGUUUCCACCGGCUGAAGUUGCGAGUAUAUUGGAUUCUGCGGUCUCUAGUUUACAACCUUGCUCCCCCCAGAACCUGCAGGUUUAUGCUGAAAUACAGAAAUGCAUGGGGAUAAUUAAGAACCAAAUUUUAGCGCUCGUGCCAACCUAGCAUCGUCAUCCUGUACAUGUGAAAUUCUAACUCAAGUGCCUAAAUUUCUGAUUCUGGAAGCUUCUUUUUCUCCCUUCAACUUAUAGUUGGACGUAUUAUGGUGAUUUUUAGUUUAAUCAUCAAUUCAUCAUUGGUGGUUCAUUUGAAUUUGCAGAUAUAUUCAUAUAUUUAGUAUAAAACAGAAUCCAGUUAUGGUUAUGAAGGGAAAGUUUUUGUAUUCGAUUCGGGUUUAAGGUUCUAAAUCGGAGACUAUUGUGGUUAAAGAAG